GUGUAGAUCCAAAAUGGCCGCUGUUGUAUUUUGACGUAUGAUAGCUAGCUACUUUUCUUUUUGUUUCACUCUUGAUAGAAAAUUAGCAAACGAAAGACUUUUUGGAGAACCCGUAUCUCUCCACCCUCUGUAUACCGGUGUCCUCGUUUUUAUCUUGUAGACAAUCAAGGCUGACACAUAUUUGUUGAAGGAGUUAGACUAUGCAUAUUUAGUUCUUAAACAGGCUAGCUAGCUGGCUCUGGCUGGCACACAUUAAAGCUAUUGAAGUGAAAUAGCUAGCUAACUUGGCAGCGAUGGAGGAGUUGAGCGCAGAUGAGAUUCGCAGAAGGCGAUUGGCACGACUGGCAGGGGGACAGACGUCACAGCCCAGCACCCCUCUCAGCACACCUCUGACAUCCCCACAGAGAGAAACUCCCCCUGGACCCCUCCCUGGACCCUCAGGUGCCGCACUCCAGCCCCUGCCACCAGCUGCCUCUCAAUCAUUGGGGCUAAAUGUCCACAGUGGUACUCCUGCCACAUCCCCAAUGGGCACUUCUGGGGUGGCAUAUGGUAGUCAGAGCAGUGAGGGUGUGAGCUCCCUAUCCAGCUCUCCCUCCAACAGCCUGGAGACUCAGUCCCAGAGCUUGUCCCGAUCGCAGAGCAUGGAUAUUGACACUGCCUCCUGUGAAAAGAGCAUGUCCCAGGUGGAUGUUGACUCAGGGAUCGAGAACAUGGAGGUGGAAGAUAGCGAUCGCAGGGAGAAGAGGAACCUGACUGAAAAGGAAACCUCUGCAAAUUCAGAUGUCUCAGAAGAACAGGCUCUGCAGCUCAUAUGUAAGAUCCUCCGCGUAUCGUGGAAAGAGCAGGAUAGAGAUGUUAUCUUUCUUCCUUCGCUUGCUGCUGAGUUCCAUCAGAACCCAAAAGAUGUAUACUCCGACUUUAAAGACCUGAUCGGCCAGAUCCUCAUGGAAGUCUUAAUGAUGUCCACACAGUCACGUGUCCACAACCCUUUUGCCAGCUUAACCGCCACCUCUCAGCCAAUUGCAGCAGCCAAAUCCCCUGACCACCGUCUAACACUGAUGCAGCCUUCAAGCCAAGGUGGCAGCCCAAUGGGCCCCAGUGCAGGAUCCUUUGGAGCCAGCUCUCUGUCCAGUCUGUAUGGGUGUGGUAGCCCUCACCCGAUGGCUUUGGAUGCAUCCAAGAGGUCCUCCCCUUCUCUCCCCACCCCUACUACACCCUCUGUACCUUCUACACCUUCUGUUCCACAGUUCAUUGUCCCUCCUAGCCCACCUGCCACUGCUCCUCCUAGACACACCCUCAAUCCUCCAUCUUCCCCCAUGCCCAUCUCUCAGCGCUAUCGGCCUUACUCUGUCUCCUCUCCCUUGGGGGCUCCUUCCCCGUCCAGCCCGGCCCACAGAGGCUUUAGCUUCUUUGGACCCUCUCCUGGUCCUGCAGGGCUCACUGUUCCUCCGAAUACCCCAGUCCCUGUGCCACCACCAAGCCCCCAGGCCCUCAACUUGAGCUCGCCAAGAGCUCGCAACCCACCCUCCACUGCCCCUCUCCCUGCGGUUCCCCCCUCUCCCAGAUCACAUGCCCGACAGGCUGCAUUUGCUGCCAGGAUUCCAUCAUCUAGCCCCUUGUCGUUGCUGUUCUUUGCCCUCUCUGAUGUGUCUCAGGACAGCAGUGAUGAAGAGUCUGAGGAGGAGGAGGAUUUUGCACGGGUUCAGUUUGGGUCCAGUCUUGGUGCAUGUGGAGGGUCAAUGUCCUGUGACUCAGCCAGUGACCGCUUCACCAUUGAAACCUGCAAAGAGACAGAGAUGCUGAACUACCUCAUUGAGCGUUUUGACAGCGUUGGCAUGGAGGAGAGAAAAGCCCCCAAGAUGUGUAGCCAACCAAAUGUAAGCCAGCUUCUCAGCAACAUUCGCUCGCAGUGUAUUUCCAAUGUUGCCCUCAUCCUGCAAGGCACCCUGACCCAGCCACGGAGUCCUCUGGAACAGUCUUUGUUGGUACCCUACAUGCUGUGCCGGAACCUUCCUUAUGGCUUCAUUCAGGAGCUGGUUCGCAUUACCCACCAGGAGGAAGAUGUGUUUAGACAGAUCUUCAUCCCCAUUCUUCAUGGACUGGCCCUUGCAGUCAAAGAAUGUUCUUUUGACAGUGACAACUUUAAAUUCCCACUCAUGGCAUUAGCUGAGCUUUGUGAAAUAAAGUUUGGGAAGACUCACCCUGUGUGCAAUUUGGCAGCGUCACUGCCUCUGUGGUGUCCCAAACCUCUUAGCCCUGGUUGUGGCAGAGAGAUCCAGAGACUGUCCUACUUAGGAGCUUUCUUCAGCCUCUCUGUGUUUGCUGAGGAUGAUACCAAAGUAGGAGACAAGUAUUUCUCUGGGCCAGCUAUCACCAUGGAGAACACGCGAGUCGUCAGCCAAUCCCUGCAGCAUUACCUGGAGUCAGCAAGGGGUGACUUGUUCAAAAUUCUUCAUAACAUCCUGCUGAAUGGAGAAACUCGUGAGUCAGCUCUUAAUUACAUGGCAGCUCUAGUGAACUACAAUGUGAAGAAAGCUCAGAUGCAGACGGAUGAUAAGCUAGUGUCUACAGACGGUUUCAUGCUCAACUUCCUAUGGGUGCUGCAACAGCUGAGCAUGAAAAUCAAGCUGGAGACAGUGGAUCCCUACUACAUUUUCCAUCCACGUUGUCGUCUUGUUGUCAGCUCAGAGGAGACGCGUCUUAAAGCCACAAUGGAGGAGCUCAAAAGCUGGAUAACUGAACUGCACGAAGACCCUUCCAAGUUCUCUGAGCCCAAGUUCCCUACAGAGUGCUUUUUCUUGACACUGCACACCCAUCAUUUGUCCAUCCUACCUGGCUGCAGACGCUACAUUCGCAGGUUGCGAGCCAUUCGAGAACUAAACAGGACUGUAGAGGAGCUGAAGAAUAGUGAAAGCCAAUGGAAAGAUUCUCCCCUGGCUAGUAGACACAGAGAGAUGCUCAAGCGGUGCAAAACCCAGCUGAAGAAACUGGUGCGAGCCAAAGCCUGUGCUGACGUGGGCCUUCUGGAUGAAAACCUGCUGCGCAGAUGUCUGCAGUUUUACAGCACUGUCAUUCAGCUCAUUCUCCGCAUGGUGGAUCCUGCUUACCCCAACAUUACCCUGCCACUGAACCCUGAGAUUCCUAAAAGCUUUGCUGCUCUGCCUGAGUUCUACAUUGAAGAUGUGGCUGAGUUUCUGCUUUUUGUCGUGCAGUACUCUCCUCAGGUUUUAUAUGAGCCGUGUGUACAGGACAUUGUCACCUUCUUGGUAGUGUUCAUCUGCAGUCAGAACUACAUCAGAAACCCUUACCUUAUUGCCAAGUUGGUAGAGGUGCUGUUUGUAACCAACCCUGCUGUUCAGCCACGUACUCAGCGAUUCUCUGAAAUGAUGGAGAACCAUCCGUUGUCUGUCAAACAGCUGGUCCCUGCUCUCAUGAAAUUCUACACUGAUGUUGAGCAUACCGGCGCCACCAGCGAGUUCUACGAUAAGUUCACUAUACGGUACCAUAUCAGCACUAUCUUCAAGAGUCUCUGGCAGAACCUGGCCCACCAUGGCACCUUUAUGGAGGAAUUCAACUCUGGCAAGCAAUUUGUGCGCUACAUCAACAUGCUGAUAAAUGACACCACCUUCUUGUUAGAUGAGAGUCUUGAGUCCCUGAAGCGUAUCCACGAGGUUCAGGAAGAGAUGAAGAACAAGGAGCAGUGGGAGCAGCUGCCAAGGGAGCAGCAGCAGAGCCGACAGUCCCAGCUGACUCAGGAUGAGCGAGUGUCACGCUCUUAUCUGGCCCUGGCCACUGAGACAGUUGAAAUGUUCCACAUCCUCACCAAGCAGGUUCAGAAACCUUUCCUCAGGCCUGAACUGGGGCCUCGUUUAGCUGCCAUGCUGAAUUUUAACCUCCAGCAGCUCUGUGGGCCCAAAUGUCGUGAUCUGAAGGUGGAGAACCCAGAGAAAUAUGGCUUUGAGCCCAAAAAACUCCUAGACCAGCUAACAGAUAUCUACUUGCAGCUUGACUGUGCCCGCUUUGCUAAAGCAAUUGCAGAUGACCAGCGGUCAUACAGUCGGGAGCUCUUUGAAGAAGUGAUAUCCAAGAUGAGGAAGGCUGGUAUUAAGUCUUCAAUUGCCAUCGAGAAAUUCAAGCUGCUGUUGGAGAAGGUGGAGGAAAUAGUCGCCAAGAACUCUCAGUCUGAAAUGGACUACAGUGAUGCACCUGAUGAGUUCAAAGACCCUCUCAUGGACACACUCAUGACUGACCCUGUGAUGCUGCCUUCGGGGAACAUAAUGGACCGAUCCAUCAUCCUGCGCCACCUCCUUAACUCCCCCACAGAUCCCUUCAACAGACAGCCACUCACCGAGAGCAUGCUGGAGUCAGUCCCUGAAUUGAAAGAGAGGAUCCAUGCCUGGAUGAGAGAGAAACAAGGUGGACGGCUUGUCUAAAGGCCAAUGUUGACCAGCGUCUGCCCUGCUAACCAUCAUGAAGGGAUCUACCCACAUCGCCUGAAUUCAGUGUCACUUCAACCAAUGACAAGCAACAACAUUUGGAAUGGGGGAAAAAAAGGAGACGUGAUUUGAUUUUUAUUCGCAUUUACCCUUUUUGUCUCAAACCAUUAUCAUGGUUCUAAAAACAAAAUAUAAUAAAGUUAAGACUUUUAAGUUUUUCUUUCUCAUGAGUUUGUGUAUAUAUAACAGAAUAUAUACAUCUAUUUAACAAAAGUUAGUUAAUGCAUUAUAAUGCUGCAAGUUUCCACCAUCAACCGGUUUACCAGCAAGUUGCGUGCAGUCAGUUCUUUGAUCAUUUUCAUUGAUGGGUCUCAUUUUGUUUUGUAAUACCAUGUAUGUUUAUCAAAACCUAAGGAGGGAUAUGGGAGACUAAAACACAUUUGGGAGAGAACGGGUGGGUUUGGAUACAUUUAUUAGCCCAGAGUUUUCAUUAUUAAGACUGUGACAGUUAUGAACUUGAGUCCACAUAAUGUAUGAUGUGUCCAAGAGUUAAAGGAUGCACAGUUUGUGCUUGUAGACAAAGUUCAGACUGAGGAAUAUCCAUUAAGGAUGUAGCUUAACGUAAACUAACAAAAACCAUACCUUAAUGUCGGCUUCCUUUUGAGUACAGUAGGAAGAUAAGCAGUGGUUUACCAAAAUGCAGUAUGUUCAGUUGUUCCAUUUAAGUCAAGUUUCCCUUGCUUACUUUGAUAGACUGAAUUUACUUCUUGUGUGUGCAUGGCCUCGAAUGCAGACUCUCCUAAGCGCCUCAUGGACAAACUAACCCUUGUUAGGUGGAGUGUGAGGAACAUGAGAGAAUGUAGCAUGACCACAAGUAACACCAUUGUAGGAGCACACCAGUGCAAGUCUGGUUUUCAGAACCACUGACAUCUCACCUCAACAUGGUCUCUUUCAAAUGGCACUGUACCUAACCUGACCUUGCUGACCUUAACUGUACAGGAAAUGAUUUCCUUUAUCCACACACCUGUUUUGGAAGCUAGGAUUUUGAACUGAAAUAAAUGAUGAUGCACAUUA